CAGAUUACCUGGCUUGCUCCUUUUUUUGAUUGCGAUACACCAUUCAGAAAAAAGCACGAUACAGCAACAAUAACGAUGGAAAGCUUCGAAGCCUCUCUUGCUAAAGCCACGGAGAGAGGGUCUAAUAAAGGUGUAGCAGGGGCAGUUGUAGCCGUCGUAGACAAGACAGGGAAAUUCAUUUACAGGCACGUCCAAGGCUCCAACGGCGUCUCGGAACAGGCACCACCGCUGCAAUUCGACCAAACUUACUUUGUGGCUUCAUGCACAAAGCUCAUAGCUUCUAUCGCAGCAUUGCAAUGCGUUGAACGCGGGCUGAUUGCGCUUGACGAUCCUCUGGACAAGCAUUUACCCGAAUUUACAUCGCAACAAAUUAUUAAGACCAAAGAUGAUGGGAGCUUCACUCUCCACGACGCAAAAAACCCAGUCACUCUUCGCCAUCUUCUGACUCAUUCUAGCGGCGCUGCAUACACCCAGUUCAUACCUUCUCUCGUCGCAUGGAGGAAAUCCCAAGGACACAAACCUGAAUUCGUUAUGGGCGAGGAUGUUGCCGAGAAGUAUCCAGAGCCCCGUCUGUUUGAAGCUGGAGAAGGCUGGAUGUACGGUGCCUCGCUCGACUGGGCGGGGUUGUUGGUAUCAAGACUCACUGGUCAAUCGCUAGGUACCUACGUCGAACAAAACAUCGCCACGCCGCUAAAUAUCACAUCUUUCACGUGGAACCCAGCAUCCAAACCUCAAGUUAAAGAGAAACUUAUGACUAUGAGCGUGAGAAAAGAGGAUGGGACCCUUGUGGAUUCGACAGAGCCCAUAGCGAGUCUUGAAUCGGAAAAUGGUGGGGCAGGAAUGUACUCCAACAUCGAAGAUUACACUCGUGUACUUGUAGACCUUCUCCAAGACAACCCGAAAACGCUGAAGAAGGAAACUGUCGAGAUGAUAUUCUCUCCCCAGUUCGCAAAUGGCGGCCCCGAACAACAAGCGAUGAUCCCCGUAGGCGAUAUGACAUGGGCCACACACACUGGCCGUAUCGCCAAGGGCGUCACUCCCAACUAUUCAUUGGCUGGCUAUUUCGUCACCGAAGACGUGGAAAGAGCGGAUUUCUUGAUACCAAAAGGAACACUUACUUGGAGUGGCUUGCCUAACCUUCAGUGGGCUGUCAAUCGCGAGAGAGGGAUUGGAUACAUGUUUUGUACCCAAAUUCUUCCGUGGAAUGAUGAUGUCUCGCAAAGCCUUAGUGCUGAGUUUUGCACAGCAGUAUGGAGAAAUUUGGUCAAAUAGAGGAAAUGUGCCUGGAUUGAUUACACCAACUCUUUGCUAGCGAUUAGAGUAUUGACAUAAGAAUCAUUACCUCAAUGCUUCCCCUGCACGGGGAAGGUGUACUGCCUUGAUUCUGUAUGCAACUUUAAUGUCGUCGUGCUUGUGUUGUACCGAAUUGAUUGAUCGCGAUGCUCACACGUCAUCAGAAUUCUCGGAAAAAUUAUCGCCUGGUCUUUGGUACCUUUAUUGUGAUAAGUGUACGGCUGUGUUCAAGAACACGCAAAAUUGCAUUAUAACAUUUCUUUUCAGAGAAGAUUUAUUCUGCGAGCAUGAGUCUAC